CUUAUACUCGCUCAAUUUAUGAUAUUCAGUAACAAAUAUGACUUCGUAACGACAAAAGCACUAAUUGGUCACGGCAUUGCACCCGCAGAAGGGACAAAAUUUUCUUCUGUCGUAUGUAUCGCCAAUAGAAUACCAAUAGAUUCUGAUCCAGAGGAUCUUAUUAUUUGUACUGGUGUCCUUAUUUCACCAAAUCAUGUAUUAACAGCUGAACAUUGCAUCGAGGAUGAAUCGACCUCUUUUCAAGUGCUUGUCGGAUCAACCGACUUACGUACGGCCACAAUAUAUUAUCCAUUUUGGUGGUUAACAUUCGAUUGGUGGGCAUCUGCAAUGGGAAAGCAGAUAGAGUAUAAUUUAAAUGAUAUUGCAAUCACAAAAUUAAUUCAAAGAGUACCCGAUGAAGUUAUUCCAGCUAUACUUAUCUAUCAGCCAAAUUCCGCUUAUGUUGGAUCGAACGCCGUUAUAGCUGGAUGGGGUACGGGAAAUAGUGGCAGCAGUUCGAAUAUUCUACAAGCGUCAACAAUAAGAGUCAUAUCAAAUUCUAAUUGUGAAGAAUUAGUCUUCAGAUUACAAGGUUCUCAUUCUCGAGUUCCUGAAAAAUAUAUGUGUAAUAUUGGGCAGCCCUAUGUAUUAUCAGCUGAUGUAAGUAUUAGUGGCUUAUAAUGUAAA